AUGUUUAGAUGGUAUGAACAAGCAAAAAUAUGCUUUGCUUACUUAUCCGAUGUUUCUGCGUCCGAUGACCACAAGAUCAAGGACUCGUCCUUUCGCCGCUCCCGUUGGUUCAAGCGAGGGUGGACGUUGCAGGAGCUGCUGGCGCCAAUCGAACUUGCUUUCUACGAUAAAGAUUGGAAACCAAUUUUGACGAGAAGCAAGGCAAGGGACCUGAUUGGAGAGAUCACUGGAAUCAGAACGCCCUUUCUGUCCUAUACACGUCAACGUGGAGGAAUACGCAAAACACUCUCGACAGCCAGCGUUGCUGAAAGGAUGUCCUGGAUGAAAGAACGAGAGACAACAAAGCCUGAAGAUAUAGCCUACUGUCUGCUAGGCAUAUUCGACGUUAAUAUGCCUAUGAUCUAUGGAGAAGGUCUCAAAGCUUUCCAAAGACUACAAGAAGAGAUUAUGAAAAAAAGCGAUGAUAGCACUUUGCUCAGUUGGGGUUAUCAAGAUCCAGACAGUUAUUGGCGUUACCGAGAAGAUUCGCUUCUUGCACCACAUCCCUCUUUUUUCAGAGGCUGCGGGGACCUUGAACCCUCUCUACCGGAGGCAUUCAAUGCAGCCACGUUCUCAAUGAACCAGCGCGGGUUGCAGAUGGAGGUGCCCAUUCGUGCUGACUUGACGCACGAACUACUCGUAUACAUGAUACUGAGUUGUUCCCCUCGUUUGGAGACAGAAUCCUUCCCUUAUGAGACAGAAUCCUCCUCCGGGAGUAGCACUUCCAAGUCCUUUGUGGCCGUCCCGCUGGUCUCAACACGUGCUUGCAGCGUGUUUCAACGAGACCCAGGGACUCAGAAGGGACAGUACUUGCGUCCCAGAUGGUGCAGGCCUAUACUUGUCUCUGAAAAGUUCUUGGGUCAGGCGCAGUCAACCAGCAUAGUCAUUCGAUCAUCCUCGGAGCAAUUUCGCACGUUUGAAUUAUUACCCAUUUCAAUCGCGAUCCCCCCAGUGCCGGUUCAGCAAGGCUACGACAUACUAGGGAUAUACCCACCUCAGCCGAUUGGAAGUAGAUUGGUCUUGGUUUCUCAUCAAGCUGGCUUACUGCGGAACUUGCCGGGCUCGACAAGAUAUGUCCCACCACCUGCUCUCGCCUCGAAAACGUCUCUACCGCUGAUCUACUCUCGAGACCACCAAACAAUGAUCCAAAUAAGAAUGGAAGAGUUUGGGACCUUUCUAGUCUUGUUCGAUUAUCGGGCAGUUGCUUGGCGUAUGGCUCAAACCCUGACUAUCUGGAAGUACUCUGAUAUCAGUUGCCGCAUUUUCAAGACGCCUGAGAAUUACGGGUUGGAAGCUUUACACAGUUUGUCCAUCACUCAAGAUUUCACUAAUCUACCAGAAGUGGAUUCCAUCUUCCGAGUAGAUCGCUACAUGUUCAAAAUUGGCACCGGUGCCGAUGCGUACAUCGUGAUUCAAUUGACGAAAGAUGAGAAGUUGUAUCAAAUUACGGACAUAUCUAUUCAUGUUACUGGUUCAUCAUCCAACUUCCAUGAACAAAGAAGAGAUGGUGCGCAAAACAGAACUGCAAUUGACGCGCUAGAUAUGAUGGAACGUUUAAAAGGAAUCGGCCAGCUUAGUAGUAGGCAGACACCUUCAGGGCUUCUCGAUUGUGUAAGUAAGCAGCUGGGAAGGGAUUUCCCUAACCAUUAG